AUGAAGAUAAAUAACAGAAAUCCCUUCAACACAUUUUUAGAACAACAAUUAUUUAAUUUAAAUAUUAAACGACGGAAAGAACGAUGGAGAAUUAAUAAAUUAAUAUUAUUACAGUUUCUAACAAAAUUAAAAAUAUUUUUAUUUAUUUUUAUUAUUUUAUUUUGUAAAAUAACAAAAAAUGAAGCAUUACAACGUGUUAGCGAAUAUCAGCGGUUUGAUGGAUGGUUUAAUAAUUUGGCAAAUCCACAAUGGGGAAGUGUCGGCAGUCGAUUACACAGAGACGCGCCUAGCAGUUAUCAAGAUGGUGUUUACAGACUGGAUUCAUCUUUGCCUUCAGCUAGGGUUAUUUCUGAAUUAAUGUUUAAAGGAGAACCUGGCAUUCCUAGCCGACGCAAUCUGACAACAAUGUUCGCCUUCUUUAGUCAGGUCAUUGCCUAUGAAAUAAUGCAAUCAACUCAAAACAGUUGCCCUUUGGAAAUGCAUAAAAUCCCUGUCGAACGUUGUGAUCCAAUAUUUGACAAGGACUGUGAAGGAAAAACUGAUAUUCCUUUUACUAGAGCGAAAUAUGAUAAAGGGACAGGUCAUGGAUUAAAUUCUCCUAGAGAACAAAUUAAUGAAAGAACUAGUUGGAUUGAUGCUUCCUUCCUCUAUAGUACUCAAGAGCCGUGGGUUGCAGCAUUACGUUCAUUUGAGAAUGGCACUCUUCUUGAGGGUCCAAUGCCUGGCUACCCUCCUUUCAACGAUCCACACAUCCCUUUAAUUAAUCCUCCACCUCCACAAAUUCAUAGAUUAAUGAAUCCUGAACGACUUUUCAUUUUGGGCGAUCCAAGAAUUAACGAAAAUCCCGGUCUUCUGAGUUUUGGACUAAUUCUCUUUCGUUGGCAUAAUAUUCAAGCUUUGAGAUUACAACAGGAAUUUCCUGAAUGGACAGAUGAAGAGCUUUUUCAGGGUGCCAGACGUUUGGUUAUUGCUACUUUACAAAGUAUUGUUCUUUACGAGUUUUUGCCUGUUUUGCUAAGCAUUUCAAAAGAAGAAAUACCAGAAUAUCAAGGCUACAAUCCUCACGUUCCUCCAGGAAUUUCUCAUUCAUUCGCAACUACAGCCUUCCGAUUUCCACAUACUUUAGUACCUCCAGCAUUAUUACUUAGAAAAAGAAACGGAAAAUGUGAAUUUAGAAAAGAGGUUGGGGGCUUUCCAGCUCUUCGACUUUGUCAGAAUUGGUGGAAUGCACAGGAUAUUGUACGAGAAUAUUCUGUUGAUGAAAUUGUCUUAGGGAUGGCUUCUCAAAUAGCGGAGGAUGAGGAUCAUAUAGUUGUUGAAGACUUACGUGAUUUUAUUUUCGGUCCAAUGCAUUUUACUCGUCUUGAUGUUGUUUCCACUUCAAUUAUGAGAGCAAGGGAUAAUGGAUUACCUGGAUAUAAUCAAUUGAGAAAAGCAUAUAAAUUAAAACCAAAAGAUUGGACUACAAUAAAUCCAAAAUUAAACGAAACAAAUCCCGAAAAAAUAAAUAAAUUGGCAAAUCUUUAUGACUUUAAAAUUGACCGUUUGGAUGCUUAUGUUGGGGGAAUGCUGGAAGCUGAUGGAAAUGGACCUGGAGAACUUUUCUCUGCAAUAAUUAAAGAUCAAUUUCUUAGACUUAGAGAAUCUGACAGAUUUUGGUUUGAAAAUAGGCAAAAUGGAUUGUUUACUGAUCGAGAAAUAUUCUUUAUUAGAAGAAUUACUUUAAGGGAUAUAAUUCGACAAACAACAUCCAUCGGAAAAGAAGAUAUUCAAGAAAAUGUAUUCUUUUGGAAAAAUGGCGAUCCAUGUCCACAACCUUUUCAAGUUAAUAUUUCUAGUCUUGAAAGUUGUGUUCCGUUUAUGCGUUUUGAUCAUUUUACUGGAAAUGAAGUUACUUAUAUAUUUACCUGUAUUGCUUUAUUUACUAUACCUUUAGUUUGUAUUGGUAUUGGUUAUUUACUUGUUCAAAGAAGGAAGAAAAUGGGAAUGUUAUUCGAACCUGGUGCUAUCAAAAAACAAAAUCAGGAAUCAACAGAGGAUGAGGGAAUUAUUGCAAAAGAUCAAAAACUUGUUUUCCCUGCAAUUGAAUGGUUAAAUGAGACAUUUUGCAGAUCAAUCCUCGUUGAAUUAAAUUCAGAAUAUUCACAAUUAAAAAUUUUAAAGCGUAGAAGUGGAGGAAUUUUACGUAAAUUAGAUUUUGGAGAUGUUAAUGUAUUGAGAUUAACUGUAACAAAAAGUGGAAGUGUAAGGAAGGGACAAGGGCCAUUUGUGUGUAUUUCUUUACCAAAAAAUUAUGAUAUUGUUUUAAGGCUUCGUUCAAAACAUCAAUGGUCAAAAUUCCGUUCUUCUUUGGGGAAUUGCCUUUUAAAACACGGAAAACUUUUAAAAGAAGUUGAAGCAGAAAAUGAUGUUUUACUUGAAGCAGCAGAAACAAAAGAUAAAAGACAAUCUAAAUUGGAUCAUUUCUUUCGGGAAGCUUACUCUAGAGUAUUUGGAAAUGAAGAUAUUUUUAAUAAAAAAAUUAUUUUUGUAAAGGCAUUUAAUGACCCAGCAUUAAGUGAUUCUUCCCAAAUAUCAAAUACAAAUUUUAAUUCAAUGCAGCAAGUAAUGGCAAUGACUUUAACUAAAGCAGAAUUUGCUGAAGCAUUGGGAAUGAGAACAAGUGAUUUAUUUGUUCAAAGAAUGUUUGCUUGUAUGGCAGCUAAUUCUAAUGAAGAAAUUGAUGGAGGGAAUGAUACAGUUGUGACUUUUCAGGAGUUUCUUGACGUGUUGCGCAAAUUUACUCAAGGAUCUUUAAGAGAAAAGCUUCAACUAGUUUUUGAUAUGUGUGAUCUUGAACGUGAAGGGCGUGUUCAACGGAAACAAUUUUGUGAAUUUGUGAAAUCCUUAAAUAUUGCUGCCGGUGUUAGAAUUGACCAAGAAGUUCAAGAUCAAGUGUUAGAAUGUGUUUUGAAAAGGGCAGGAGUUGACCCAGAAAGAGAUAUUUUAACUUACAAAGAUUUUGAAGCAAUAUUUAGUCAAAUGGUGGAUAUACGUAGACCUGUUGGUGUGCAUUUGAGAGGAGUAAAUAUGAGGAUUAAUUUAGAAGAAACUCAAAGUCUCAAUAGUUUUGCUGUUACUUCAGAAGUUAAAGAUCCAUUUGACAAAAAUUCAAUUUCCUUACUUCUUAGUUAUUUGGAAAGUUAUAGACAACAUAUUGUUAUUUUAUUUCUUUUCUUUGCUGCAAAUGCUAUUGUUUUUUUAGAAAGAUUUUGGUUUUAUCGGUAUGAAAAUGAACAUCGUGAUUUACGCCGAGUAAUGGGUGUUGGAAUUGCCAUAACAAGAGGAGCAGCAGCAGCUCUUUCCUUUGAUAUGGCAUUAAUACUUUUAACUGUUUGUAGAAAUAUUUUGACAAUUUUAAGAGAAUCUUUUGUUGGAGAAUAUAUUCCUUUGGAUUCGGCUAUUACUUUCCACAAAAUUGUUGCGAUAACGGCUGGUGUGUUUGCAGCAAUUCACACAAUUGGGCAUUGUGUUAACUUCUACCACGUUGCAACACAAAGUCAAGAGGGACUUGCUUGCCUCUUUCAAGAGGUUGCUUUAAUGAGUAUUAUUUAUGUAUUUUCUGCUCCGGCAGUAAUGAAACGUGCUUAUCAUGCUUUCCGCCUCACUCAUUUGCUCAACAUACUUCUUUAUGCUUUCACUAUUCUUCAUGGAUUGCCUAAACUUCUUGAUUCUCCAAAAUUCUGGUAUAUUGUACUUGGUCCAACUAUUAUUUUCAUUAUUGAUAUAAUCUACAUUCAAUUUAAACGUCCACAUUCAUUUAAAUUCCGUAGUGGACAAUGGGUGCGUAUUUCUUGUCCCGCACUCUCUUGUGCUUUCAAUGAACAUCAUGCUUUUUCACUUGCGUCUGCACCACAAGCUCAAACUUUGGCACUUUUUAUUAAAGCAGUAGGGCCUUGGACUUGGAGUUUACGAAAUGAAAUAACUGAAGCACAAGAGAAUGGACUUGUUUAUCCUGUCCUUAAUUUGGAUGGCCCUUACGGGGAUGGAAAUCAAGAAUGGUAUAAUCACGAAGUUGUUGUUAUGGUUGGUGGAGGUAUUGGAGUAACGCCUUAUGCUUCUACUUUAAUGGAUUUGGUAUUGGAAAGGGCUUCUGGUAAUCAUAGUGGAAUUAGAUGCAAAAGAGUUUAUUUUCUUUGGAUAUGCCCAACACACAAAAAUUUUGAAUGGUUCGUUGAUGUACUCAAAGAAGUUGAGAAAUAUGACACACAAAAUCUUCUUGAAACACAUAUUUUUGUCACCCAAUUCUUUCAUAAAUUUGAUUUGAGGACGACUGUUUUGUAUAUAUGCGAGAAACAUUUCCGUGGCAACAAUUCUGGGCAUUCAAUGUUCACCGGUCUCAGAGCUACCAACCACUUUGGACGUCCAAAUUUUGAUUUAUUUUUUAAAUUUCUUCAAAGUCGGCAUCAGGAUGUAUCCGAUAUAGGAGUUUUUAGUUGUGGGCCAGCUCAAGUUAAUAAACAAAUUAGAAGGGCAUGUACAGAAGCAAACAGAAUAAGAAAUGCGCCGUCAUUUGUGCACAGAUUUGAAACAUUCUAA